GCAUUCAAAAACAUGCUCUUACUGAUAACAGGUGUAAUGCUGGAUUUCAUAAAAAUCAAUUUGAAACAAAAUGAACAAAUAAAAGAUACAUUCUGCUGAAGUGCAACUGUUUAAAAUGGACCAAACAAUUAGACUGCAACAACAAUUAAAGGAGUUAUUGUGAAAUGUGUAAAUACGUUAAUUCAAACUAUGCAGGAAAUCAGAAGAUUUGCAUGGAAAAUUGGAGCAGAGGACAUGAGUUUUGGAUCUGAUUGCAAACUGUGACUUUACCACCAGCAUUGUGUUCCUUAGCAACAGUUUAAAGACAAAGUUUUACCAUAGCAUCCAAAAGUGCAAUAUACUAAGAGGUUUACUUUAAUAUAGUGGAGUCAAACUUAAUGAAUUUUAGUUUUCGUGUCUUAAUUUUUCUUUUUUUUUGUGUACAUCUUGUGACAAAAUACAACAACAAUUUAUUCACCAAUACAGUGUGCAAAUUAUGAAAUCAUGAUUCCAACUGAUUGUGUAAAAACGAUUAUAUGAAGACUUUAAUCAGCAAUUUACAUUCAAAAGCAUUUUUUGCAGUGUAAUAAUCGGACAAAUUUCACUGUGAAUAUUCCAUUAACCCAGGGUAUCAAUGUUUCUUUGCUGAGAGAAACGUUACAUCAUUUGACCAUUAUAAAUCUUAUCAUUUCUAUUAGAACCUGUUGCACAAAUUUCAUCCAUAUUAACAAAUCAGUGCCAAACAAAACUUCAAUCAAAACGCUUUUCAUCAAAUCAGCUGAAAUCAAGAAAUCUAAGAAACAAAAUGCCAGCCCAGCUGAACGAGGCAAUGUCCUCAUCAACGGAAACCAUUCCAGUGACAUCGCCUAUGCCCAUAUUCCGUCCACCCCUUCCGAAAACACUUCCAGUGCCGAGGAAUUUUGUCCGUCCUUUUAUUAGUAACCCUGCCUGCAGGUUUGGUAGCGUAAACACUGGGGCCUUCCACAAGAUGUCUCAGUUGCACCUCCAGACCAGUACACCACCAAACCAACCCAUGUCACAGGAGACCUUUGAUUACCUCUGGAAUACCCUUGAAGAGGUCACUGAUCAUGGCGACUACACCCACAUCAACGCAAGGGAGUUGUCCUAUACAUAUGAUGACAGCGAUGAAAGCACAACUAUGCAAGUGGAGAAGUUCAAAAUUUCACACCAAGAUGUCUCCGACUUGUUAAACCCAAUCAUAGGCACCACCUCCUCCUCAUCAAUGUCCCCUGACUCUCAGACAAACAUCAGCGGAUCCACUGCUUCCUCCCCUUAUCAUGAAAUGUCACUCACAAGUCCACCCCCAUACAGUCCUCAUACCAACAUGACAUCACCCAUACCCACUGUUCCAUCUAACACAAAUUACCCCGGAGAUUACGGCUUUGAAAUUUCCUUCGCCACACCAUCAAAAGAGACUAAAUCUACCACAUGGACGUAUUCGGAGACCCUGAAAAAGUUGUACGUGCGUAUGGCGACCACAUGUCCAGUGAGGUUCAAGACUGCCCGCCCAGCCCCUCAGGGCGCCUUCAUCAGAACAAUGCCGAUAUUUAUGAAGCCAGAGCAUGUUCAAGACCCUGUCAAACGGUGCCCCAAUCACGCCACGUCCAAAGAGUUCAAUGAGAAUCACCCUGCCCCCAAUCACCUGGUGCGCUGUGAGCACAAGCUGGCCAAGUACGUGGAGGACGUGUGCACCUGUCGCCAGUCGGUGAUCAUACCCCAGGAGACCCCCCAGGCGGGGUCAGAGUGGGUCACCAACCUCUUCCAGUUCAUGUGCCUUGGUUCGUGUGUGGGCGGGCCCAACAGGCGCCCCCUGCAGAUCAUCUUCACUCUCGAAAAAGACAACCAGGUUCUGGGACGUCGGUGCGUGGAAGUCCGUAUCUGUGCCUGCCCCGGUCGCGAUCGUAAAGCAGACGAGAAAGGCAUGUUGCCUGCUGUACCGGGAAUGAAGAAAAAUUUUCAGAAGAUCACCUUAGGUACAGAAAUGACCACCAUAUCUUCAGGCAAGAAAAGGAAGUUGGAUGACGACGAAACGUUCACUCUGACGGUGCGAGGCAAAGAGAACUAUGACAUGCUAUGUAAGAUCAGGGACAGCCUUGAACUAGCGGCUCAGGUUCCACAAAACCUGAUUCAAAACUAUAAGCAACGCCAAGUGGAGGUGCAAAGACAGGACUCUGCCGGCACCAUAUACUCCAGGGACUCUGCCGGCACCAGUUCUUCCCGCCAGGUUUCCAUAGCAACCACACAGUCUGCAAGUCGCACACUUUCCCAGACUCUUGCUGCUGAUGGGAAAACGCUCACUCUGCCAUUCAAUUCCAGUGAAGUUCAGGUGACAAGUUCUGAUGUGAGUCAUGAUGGUUCCAAUGGUGUGCCCCAGCCCGUCAAAGAAGAGACAGUGAUGCAUGAGGACAAUACCAUAGCAACAUGGUUGAAUGCAAUAGGCCUUGGUGCAUACAUUGACACUUUCCACGAACAGAACCUUUACAGUGUGCUACAGCUUGAUGAUUUCUCUUUGGAGGAUCUGGCCAAGAUGAAGAUAGGCAACGCUCACCGCAACAAGAUCUGGCAGAGCAUCUUGGAUCUGCGCAGCGGCGGCUUCACGGACGGCACCACCCAGGAGCAUCUGCUGGCCACGCAGAAUUCGACCGCGUCCACAAUCAGUGUCCAGAGCUCCAUCUCCCAAAACAGCACAUACAACCCCGGAUUCUACGAGGUCACACGCUACACGUUCAAGCAUACCAUCUCGUUAACGAAAGAGGACCGGCAUCCGACCGAACCAUCAAAAAGCCACAAGAAUGGAUGCUAGUGGAUGUAAUUUUAUAUGUUGGUUCUCUUGUGUUUUAGCUUUGCUCUCCGAAAACAGGGUUUAAUGCAUUUGGGUAAAGUGUUGUCCCCAAUUAAACUGGGCAGUUUGUCUAGGCUAAUCAGGGACUACACUUUCCACCUUUACUGGAUUUUUAUUUUAAGAGACGUCCUUUCAAUGGAACACAAUUAAAAGCGGAAAGGGUCUUCCCUGAUUUGCCUGUGCUGACUGCACAGGCUAAUCUAGGACAGUUCUUAAUGCACAUGCAUUAAGCCGUGUUUUUUCAGAACGUUGCUGACUUUUAUCCUGUUUAUUAUGUUUAAUUGUUAUUUGAUCUUUUUCUGUAAUACAAUUCUCUCACUAUGAAAGACAAGGACCCCUUAUUGAAUGUUUACCUAAAAUGUCACAUAAAAAGGAUGCUUAAAUGUUUUUAGUCUUUUUUUUUUUUAAACAUUUAUAUUAUGUUUUAUUGUUAUGACUGCGUUCUUCCUCCCUAAAAAUAGUUCAAUUGAAAGAAACAUAUGGUACAAACAACCUAGACAUUGAAGCAUAUCAAAGGUUUCAUAAAGAAAGAUGUUUAUAGGAGGUUUCGCACAGAUUGUCAGAACAAAAGCUGUUGGGCUACUAGUAUGGAUAGUCUUUACAUUUGAUAAAUAUGCAUUUGUUUUGUGUUAAUUCUCUGUUACAAAACCACUUGAAACGAAAUUCCAGGACCAACAUUUUAAGAACUUUUUUAGGCUGGAAUGCAUCGUGUUUGUCAGAGGUGUUCUUUUUCAAACUUUUCCAAAAAAUGUAACAAACGUCAUUGGACCAUUUGGACAUGUUCUGACAAUUUCUGCUAACAAAAAUUACUGAGAAAUGUAUGGUCAUGCUUUGGUUUGUCAUGUGUAUCUGUAUUUGAUAUAUUUUAGAUUUGCUUUUUUACUGUUAUGAUAUCAUGCUGUAAGCAUUUUAAUAAUGUUUUAUUGUGGUUUUAUAGUUGGUGUGCUUGUUAGUAAUGCAUGGACAGGCUUUUGUGUUACACAUGUCUGUAAAAGUUGAUUUUGCUACUUUCAUAUUUAUUGUUAUAUUAAGAUUUGGGAAAAUUCAUUGUACAAAAAUGUGACUGUUCUGAAUUGAUUGAAAGUUUUAAAGUGAUUAAGAUGUUUGUUUAAGGUUGAAUUGUUUGUUAGUCUUAUUUACUCUUGAACAAAUAUCUCAGCAGUGUAAGAUCUCCAUUAUAAUGUUUUGCACUAUAAUUUACGUGGGUAAUGUUUCACACAAAGAUUUGUGCAAUUAACAGCAUAAUUAUAUAACUGUAGUUUGGAUGUAAAUGGUGCAUACAUUAAUUGUUAAAGUUCAGCAGAAAAAAAUGCUUUUAAACCUAUCACAUCAAACUGAUAAAGUUUUUAGAGAAUUUUCCUCGUUAUGGUAUGUUAUGAGUCCAAUGUCAAAAGUAGAAUUUUUUGUUUCGGUAGUUAUUGUAUGCUUUUGUGAAUUUAGUGGACAAGUUUUGUAUUAUUGUGUUCAAAAGAAGUUUUUUUGUAUUUAUUGAAUGCUGUGUAUAUCAAUAUGCCAAUAUUUUGUUGUAAAAUGUAGAUUGUUUAUUUCUGAUUAAUGUGCUGAUAUGUCAGUGAAUGAGAGGAUUUUUCAUUGUACUUUCUGCAAGAUUGUAUUUCAAUGAAAAAUAUAAGAUUUAUUGCAAAAUAAAUUAUUAUGUUUCAAGGAAUAAAUAGAAAAUUAAGAUAAGAUAAAUGUUGAAGGAUGACCGUAAAAAUGUUUUUGCUUAUACAUGAAUGGUGCGUGUCUUUAUGACCAAGUUGUAAUUAAUUAGCAACUAAUGUUGAUAGUUGUUAUGUAUAGUAUUUGAUAACUGCUGUAGGUAAAGCCCCAGAGUUGUAUCUAAACAUCCCUAUACCAUAGGCACUUGGUUAAACAAAAAAUACUGUAGCAAUCAUCAUUGAUCUUGAUUGUGUUGUGAACAUUUUCCACAGUGUUGUAAUUGAGGUUUAUUUUACUUGAGCUUUGCAUUAUUAUGGUUUAGUAUAAGUUUAAAAUGGAAGACAGUAAAUAAUGCCAGGUAAAUUUCAAAUGAAUAGUGUACCGGUACUGUUUACAUGUUGAACCAUUUUGAAAAAAAAAAACAUGUAUUGUUAAUUGAAUGUGUAUUAUUUGGUUUUUAAAAAUUAAUUUUCUGAGUCUGUACUCAAAUGCUAUGGUGUAGUAGGCACUGUUCAGUUACAACAUUGGGAUUUACCAACCACAAUAAUUCCUUCCAUAACCUUUGUGUUCAGUGAAUGAAUGUCACAAUAUUGACCUAACAAAACUUAUGUGUUCAUACAUUGUUAACAAUUAUGCAAGUUUUAAUCAUCACUCAUACUAAAAUCAUUUUAGUUCUGACUAGACGUAGACAAUUCUUAGUGCUUUAUAUCCAUGUUUCAUAGAAGUCCAUCUUUACUUGCACUGACAUUUUUUUACCCAUAUUUGGGGUUCAAUGCCCUGAAAUGUAUUGUUUUUAUGGUUUUGAUUAUCAGAAUGUUUGACGAGUUCAUUUGAAGCAAAAAAUGUUUUUCAAAUGAAAAUCUGCUGUCACAUGUUCCCGCUAUCUAAAUACACUGCCAGAUUUAGUGAUUUGAAUAAAAUUUAUUUUUCAAUCUAGAUUAGUUUAUCAAUUUAAAUUUAAAUUUUGGAAAACUUCAGCAUUUUUUUUUCAUUUUUUGUUGCUUCAUUUCGAGAUCUGUUGGUAACUAGAUUUAAAGUCUUAUGUAAUGACUAAAACAGAGUUGACAUAUGUCUGUAGUUUGUAUUUACUGAAAAGACAUAAUGUGUCAGUAUUAUUAAAGGGAAAUUAAAAGAAAUAUACUAACAUUUUUUAUUGGAAACCUUAAGUUGCAUGAACAAUUUGUAGCCAGCUAUAAACUGAUCAAAUCAAUCAUAUCAUUGUAUCUGUCAUUAAUUAUAAAAUGCUCAGACAUUUUCUUGUUUUACCGCUCACUUAUGUCCAAGAUCAAGGUGGCCAUACGAUGUUUGUUGUCCUUAUUGAUGUGUUCAAAUCCAUUUUCUGUUCAUCAUUUUACUCAUCUAUGUAUUGAUUGUAGCCCAUUUACCACUAAUUUGUGUGGGUUUUUUUUAUGUCACAUUUCAUUUUGUUGUUUUUGUUCAUUUUAAAAGUGUCUCUUAACGAAGUAUGUAGUCUGUGUGGAACACGGUGCUGCCGGACACGUGUCCUUAUUUUGCAAACUAUUCUCAUUUACUCAAUAUGUCAAAGAAAGGCAUUUCUUUUGUAUUGACCCAGGAGCUUUAAAAAUUCCAAAUAAUAUUUUUUUAAAGAUCUCCAAACUAACUCUCAGUACUUGACAACAUUUUGAAAUGUUUAAAUCUCAAUGAGUUGUUAAAGAAAAAUUGCCAUUGUAAAUAUGAGAAAAAACAAAAGGUUGAUAGCACAAGUUAUACAUUUUCUUCUUCAAAGAAGAUUUGCAGGGGCUAUAGUGAUUCAACACCACAGAAGGUUGUUUUUACUUCCUCUCCGGAAGAUUGAAGUAAAUGCCAAAGUGUGACAAGUUUUCUUUGAUAUCAGUAUAUCUCCUACUCGUACUGAAAUGUCAUUUAAAGCUCAUUUCCAGUUCUAGAAAAAAUGUUUUGUUUUGUGCAUGAUCAAAGUGUUGGAACUUUGCUUGAAUAUGUUUAGAUCAUAGACCAUUAAGGAAAUGGAGUUUUAAAUUAUUCGUUCUAAGUGUAUGAAAUACAAUACUUCUGUUUUAUCAGGUCAAUUGAAAAAAACAUGCCUUAUUUAUGUUUUGUUAAUUUCCAAUGUAUACCGGUUAUUUUUAGAGGUGUGUUCCGUCCAGUUAUGGAUAAAGAAGAAUUUGAUUGUUAAACUUGUACAGCUAUACCUUGUUGACAUUUUGAGAAUUUAUGGAGUAAGAAACAUUUGAUUUGUUGUCAACUUCAAAUAUUUAUUUUAGAAACAGUGUUUGUGUUACAUUUAUUGGCAGAUCUAUUCAACAAUAUAGCAUUUUGAGGGUUUAAAAAUAUUUACAGUAAAUGUUUGAGAAGAAAUAUUUUUCUUUCUUUUGUUGACUUGUUAAAUAAUUGGGAAUACUUGUUUAUUGUAUUUGUUUUUAUUUUUACUAUUUGAUUGGUGAACUAAAUAGAGAAAAAAAUGUUAAUUUAACUUAACAACUAAGAUGUUAAUUUGGAUAUAAUGCCGAUUUAGUCACUGCCUUUCUAGGUCUUCAGACCUGGUAAUUAGUUUGAAUUCGACCAUAGUUCACACCACUUUCCCAUAAGUUCAAGUAUUUACCGGUACCCAGCGACCAUAGUUCACAUCACUUUUCCAUAAGUUCAAGUAUUUACCGGUACCCAGCGACCAUAGUUCACAUCACUUCCAUAAGUUCAAGUAUCUACCGUUACCCAGCACUCAGCUGAUUUGUGUGUUCAGUCAUUUCAUUAUCAAAAUCAAAAUGGGAAAACGGGACUUAAUGCUGUUUGCACAGGCUAAUCACGGACAUCACUUUCUGCCUCUAUUGAAAAACUAAUUUUAAAGGAAGUCUUUUCUAAAUGAAAAUUCAGUCUAAGUUAGAAGUGUUGUCCCUGAUAAACCUGUGCGGUCUGCUCAGCCUAAUUAGGGACAACAUUUUAGGCACAUGAAUUAAGCCCUGUUUUUCUCGAGCGUGGCACAAUGAAUUUUUGUUAACAUAAUGGGUAAUGGUGUGAGUGUAACAUCAUGAAAAAGACUUUCUAUCACCAUUGUGACAGUUAUCUCUGAAAAACAUUUUUAAAUUAUUUUUAAAAAAUCACUUUAUUGCUGUUAUUUAAAGUUGUCAUUCUAAGAUUUAAGAAAUAACGCAUUCUUUAUUCUUCGAAAUAGAUACAUCAAUCAGAUCAGGGUAUAAUUAUAAUUUUUAUUUGCCUCCUUGUUUUAAUUUAAAAAAUGCCUUUGUGAUAAUAUUGAAUUGCUUCUAUCCACGUUUGGAACAUAGAUAAAGAAUUUGUUAUUUGUGUUAAUGCCUUAUGUUCUAAAAAGAAUUGUGCACAAAAUGUUAUUGUUUGCAUUCCACUAUCAUUUGGCUUUUGCAGAACAUGAGAUACAGUGACAUUGUAUAUGUUUUUUAUUUUAUAUAAAAUAUUUAAACUGAUUUGCAGUAUU